AUUCAAAACUUCCUCCCAGGUGCAUUAAAUUCCAAGGGCCCUUGAUUCACACCCUGCCUGCACCUUGUCUGAUAUCCUCCUUUUCACCCUCUCUCCUCCUUUCUCGCAAUAUAUUUGAACAUACUGUUGAUUUCAGUUUGGUAUGGAGUACCACGCCGUUCCUCUGGAGGAGCGCGCAAAGGACGACAAGGGUAACAUUUUGCCUUGGGGCUAUGUAUACAAGGAUGAAUCUCGCAACCCACGACGGCCACCAGAGGAAACUGGACCAUUCGGAAAGAGGAGAAACGCGCGCUACGAACAUUCCCGAUCGCGUACCCGUACUGGAACUCCAGCCAAGAAAGAGAAUCCUAAUGUCGCAGAGUUUGGAAGACUGUUCGCUCAACAACAAGAAGAGGAGAAGACAAGAAACACCCUUCCCAAGUCGUCGUCGUCAUCCAACAUCGAAAACUCGAGAAACCAGACAGAAAAGAUUGCGACAGAAUGUAUACUCUAUGGAUAUAGGAAUAAGGACUCCGAGUGGAAGGUGAUUGAUAAGUUUGAGCGGAUUUCGCGAGGAGUGAUCUGUGAAGACUAUCCGCGAAGCGACCCCAAUUCUAGCAAUGGGUAUUCCCAGCUCCUCAGCGGCGGGGAUGUAGUUAUCCGUGCGAAUCUGUCUGCGGAUGCAAACCGGAAGUCGAAGCGAUAUGCAGGUGGUUACCAUUGGAUCAAGGUCACAUUCGACUCGGCGAAUGCCGCAGACGUCGCUUGCUUCUACUCUCCCCAGACAAUCGACGGGCAUCUUGUUUUCUGUGAAUUAUAUCAUGGACAGGGCCCAGCGGAGGACAUUGCAAUCCCUAAUGGUUCGACAGAGGCCCACCGCUUCCAGUCGAAAGCGGCCAGAACGUUGACUACCUCGCACUCCACCACUUUCCUCCAGAGCAAAGAUAAAGAACGUUCCACCCUGCCUCGAUCCUUUGCCCUGAAUAAUCUCGCCAGCGUUGCUGAUGCGGAGGAACUCGCAUCUCUGCAAUCCACCACCACGACUGUGAGCUCAGCAACAGCCACUGGAAUCGAGCAAGCCACACUUCAACAGCGACAUGUCGCGAAAGAACCCAAUCCCGAGUCCGAGUACAUGACGCAUAUCCCAACUGUCCGUCGAACGAAGCUUCGACCACUGUCAGAAGCUCUUCCGCCACAGCCCACGGUCACAGAGCGUGUGCUACGGUCGAUCCCGAUUCUCAGCUGGUUCACAGGUGAUAUCGUAGGCGACGGUCCGCAGCUCCGGGAAGAUGGGACCUUUGAUUACGAUAAAUCCAAUUCGUAUUGGCGAUUCUGGUAUAUGGUCGACAAAAUCUUGGGGACCGAUAUCUGCGGGCUGCGAGAGGAAUCGUGAUACACUAACUAGCCCACCAACCAACCCACCAACCAACCCCUUGGUCGUUUUCGUUCCCAUUACGAUCGAUACUUUCUUGCAAUCGAUAGGGGGCUCACGUUCCAUGACCUUGCCUACCUACCACAUUCUUAUACCCUGAUGCAUGUAUGAUAGAUAUACUGUUUAUGUGGCGUGUGUAUCGUUCCUGAAUUUUCUUUCCAGGGCCUGUUGCUUUGUACGGGGGGUUAUAAUAGCAUUUUUCGUCAGGGGCGCUUAGGAUAUUGUAAUUGCGGCAUCAUGGUAGUUAAUUAGCAGCGGAGGCUAAUAAAACGCGUGAACUGGUUCG